AUGUCCGAGAAAUUGUCCAAGAAUUUCGAGACGCUUCAAUUGCACGCUGGCCAUGAGCCAGACACAGCGACGAACUCUCGUGCUGUACCUAUUUACGCGACCACAUCAUACACCUUCAAUGAUAGUGCGCAUGCCGCGAGUCUCUUUGGCCUCAAGGAAUUUGGCAACAUAUACAGUCGUUUAGGGAACCCCACCGUCGGUGUACUCGAGGCGCGUAUCGCUGCGCUUGAGGGUGGUGUGGCAGCACUGGCAACAGCAUCCGGUCAAGCUGCUCAGUUCAUCGCCAUAGCCGCUCUGGCGCAUGCUGGAGACAACAUCAUAGCGACUUCGAACUUGUAUGGAGGCACGUACAACCAGCUCAAGGUCUUCUUCCCACGUUUGGGGGUGCAGACAAAGUUCAUCAAUGGUGACAAACCAGAUGACUUCAAGGCUGCUAUCGAUGAGAAGACGAAGGCGAUAUAUCUUGAAAGCAUUGGCAACCCAAGGUACAAUGUUCCCGAUUUUGAGAAGAUUGUAGCAAUCGCGCACGAGGCUGGUGUUCCUGUCAUUGUCGACAACACAUUUGGCGCCGGAGGAUACUUCUGCAGGCCUAUUGACCAUGGUGCUGACAUUGUUGUGCACUCUGCAACGAAAUGGAUUGGAGGUCACGGAACUACGAUUGGUGGUGUGAUAGUCGAUAGCGGGAAGUUCGACUGGGGUAAGCACGGCAAGCGCUUCCCGCAAAUGGUCGAGCCAUCAGACGGUUACCAUGGACUGAAGUUCUGGGAGACAUUUGGAGCCAUUACAUUCAUCAUCCGAGCACGUGUCGAAAUCCAGCGAGACCUGGGCGCAGCGCUCAAUCCAUUCGCCGCCCAACAGCUGCUCCUUGGUGUGGAGACGCUCUCCUUACGAGCAGAGAGACACGCAUACAAUGCACUGAAGUUGGCGAAGUGGCUUGAGAGCAACAAAAACGUAAGCUGGGUAUCUUAUCCUGGUCUCGAGAGUCAUCCGUCACACGAGCUAGCGAAAAAGUACUUACCGCGUGGUUUCGGAGGCGUACUAUCCUUUGGUGUUACAGGAGGCGGUGCAGCAGGUAGCCAGGUUGUAGACAACUUCAAGCUCAUCUCCAACGUAGCGAAUGUUGGCGAUUCAAAGACGCUGGCUAUCCAUCCCUGGACAACAACACACGAGCAACUGAGCGACGAAGAGAAGAUCAACUCUGGUGUAACCGAGGAUCUCAUCCGUAUUUCAGUCGGCACAGAACACAUCGACGACAUCAUCGCAGACUUUGAACAAUCGUUCUCGAAGUCGGCAACGAAGCCUCAGGAGAAGGGUCAGCCGGAGAAUGCGGAUAAAACUGGCAGUGCUGAGCCCUCUGCUUCAUUGUCUGGUUCCACCUAG